CUUCAUUGUUAGGUAGUUUCCUUCUCUUUUAAGGUCUCCUUCUUGUGUCUUGAAGCUGAAGGCUUUUCUGCCCCUUCUCCAUCUAGUGCACAAUGAUUACUUUUUGCACCGUAAGCUCUUCACUGUUCAGAACCAUCGUGACCUCUGCCUUGCCUUGUAGUUCAUAGCCCUCUUGGUACCUUCUGUCAUCUUUAUUAAAGUUCUAGUGCCAUAAAUCUCUUGGGAGGAAUCCACAAGCUCAGCUUUCAAUUGGAUAAGCCUCUGUUCCCUUGCAGCUUUGCAGCUCAAAAAAACCAACUUUUUGGAUCAGCUACAUCUUUCCCAAUUGGGCAGCAGCAGGCAUUUGUAAAGGGAAGGUCCUGUGAUUUGUCUUUGCAGUUUGCAGCCCAUAGUAAAUCCCUGGUAUUCUAGUGUGGUUCUAGAUCAAUGGGACCAAACUAAUCCAUUCUGUUUCUUCACUGUAGAACUGUAUUGAACUAGAGUGCACACUUGCUUUGUGGGGUUCUAAUCAAGUAUGGGGAUGCUACAGAUUCUCUAGUCGUAGCAGUUUCUUCUCCGCCUCCUUUUCAUCUUGGUUAGAUUCAUAAUUUUGUGUUUCUCAGGUGGUGAAGGCCAAAUGAGAAUAGCUAAGCUUUAUCCAAUGGAGCUGUUUGCCACCUAGUUAUUGCAUACGUUCCCUGCCUAUUUGUAACAAGCUUCGCGAGUUAGAAACUUCCAGGUGUGUAUUGGAUUUGCUUUGCAGGCAUUUAUUGCUCUCAUCAUUUCAAACUUUGGUAGUUAUCAUCAUCAAAGGUACAGCAGUAGCAACAGACAAAUCUAAUUCAGCAUGUGUGAGAGCCAAGCAAGCCCGUUAAAAUUUGAAAAAUAAUCCUGGUAUUUGAUUCAAAUUUCACCACACCCAUCAACUUCCAGGAGAGAGUGAUCAUUCAAUGAAAUGACAUGGAUAGAUUGUUUACCUCCAGCAUAACAAACUACUACAAAGCAUCUGAACAGUGCUUCAAUCCUAGCAAAUACUCAGAAGGCUGCUACACAGACCUGUUUAAUCUCCCACCCACAUACCCAAAAAGCCACACCAAUUCAAAGCAAUGCAAUUCGUUCAUGGAUGACGAAGACUUGUCAUUCAAGCAGUUCCUGCCGUUCAAGGAGAUGUUCAACAGCAACCAGGUGGAGAGGCCCAAUACCACCACCAACCAAUUCAUGAGGCCCAGUUCAAGCAGAUCGGAAUUCUCUGAGCUGAAUUUGAGUGAAUUCGGAGCAGAAUCAGGAUCAAACGGUAGAUGGGCCUCGAAUCUUCUCAUGGAAUGUGCAAGAGCCAUAGCGCAGAAAGAAACAGGGCGAAUGCAACAUCUUCUAUGGAUGUUAAACGAGAUGUCUUCUCCUUAUGGAGACUACGAACAGAAACUGGCGUCCUAUUUCCUACAGGCCUUGUUCUGUAAAAUCACUGACACCGGCAGCCGUUGCUACAGAACCCUCUGCUCUGCAGUGGAAAAGACCUACUCUUUUGACUCAGCAAGAAAAAUGAUUCUGAAAUACCAGGAGUCGAGCCCCUGGACAACCUUCGGCCACGUGGCUGCAAACGGAGCGAUCUUGGAAGCCCUGGAAGGAGAAAUGAAGCUUCACAUAAUUGACAUGAGCAACACUUUCUGUACACAAUGGCCGACUCUGCUAGAAGCCCUCGCCACACGGAGCGACGAGACGCCUCACCUGCGCCUUACCAGCGUGGUGACGAGCAAAGAGGCGGCGGCCAUUAAAGUCAUGAAGGAAAUCGGGCACCGAAUGGAGAAAUUCGCGAGGCUUAUGGGGGUUCCCUUUGAGUUCAGCGUGGUGCACCACCAUCACUUACAAAGAUUCGAUCUUGAGACCGUCCGCAUACGCCCCGACGAAGCCCUAGCAAUCAACUGCAUUCACAGCCUGCAGCGAGUCUCGAAUCCGGGCCGCGACUCGAUUCUCUCGACCUUCCAGUGCAUGAACCCUAAGAUUGUCACAGUCGUGGAAGACGAGAUGGACCUCACCUCCGACGAUUUCCUCGACUGUUUCAGCGAGUGCCUGAGGUUUUUUUCCCUCUUCUUUGAGUCCCUGGAGGAGAGCUUUUCCAGAACGAGCAACGAGAGACUUAUGCUGGAAAGAACCAGCGCCAGGAGCAUGGUGAAUAUACUGGCCUGUGAGGAUUCUGAUGUGUGUGAGCGCCGUGAGAAGGCUGUGCAGUGGGCUUCGCGGCUGCGGGACGCGGGAUUCGUACCCGCGACCUUCAGUGACGAUGUGGUGGAUGACGUGAGGGCGCUGCUGAAGCGAUACAAGGAAGGAUGGGCUCACUGUGGCAACUCAGAUGGGAUCUUUCUCACUUGGAAGGAACAGUGCGUCAUUUGGGCUUCCGCCUGGAAGCCUUGCUUGUAAUCAAGCUAUCACCUUUUGCAGUUUUUUGUAAGUCCUGAGUAAUUUCCAACAGUCUUCUUUCUUUUCCAUUGAUUGUUGGAAAAUUUGUUACUCAGUUUUUGCAGGUCUGGGAAUUGAUUCUUCUAGGGUUGUCUCUCAUACAGAUAACCCUAGAUAAGGAUUUUUGGUAUCAGAUGUACAUGAUACAAAG